UGACCUAAAAAACCGGGUGGGAAAGCGUUAGAGUUUGUGCAGAGCCUGCCGCGAAUAACUUUGGCAAACUUGCGGCCUGAACCAGGAGCCAGAAAAGAAGAGAAACGGCGGGGAAGAGGACAGCAUGGUGGCAACAGAAGCGGCCGAGGACAUAAAGGAGAGCGACAGAGAGGCAACCGACCUCGGCUGGGAUUUGAAGGGGGUCAAACUCCCUUUUAUCUGGUUAUUCCAAAAUAUGGCUACAAUGAAGGACACAGUCUCCGGCCUCAGUACCCGCCUCUGUCUUUGAAACGGCUGCAGUACUUGAUUGAUCUGGGAAGAGUCGACCCAACCCAACCCAUAGACCUGACCCAGCUUGUCAAUGCCAGAGGUGUGACAGUCCAGCCUUUGAAGAGAGACCAUGGAGUCCAGCUUGUUGACGAGGGUUCCGAUAUUUUUGUUGCAAAAGUCAACAUUGAGGUUCAGAGAGCUUCUGAAGGAGCCAUAGCUGCUAUUGAGAGGAAUGGUGGCAUCAUCACGACCAGUUUCUACGAUCCUAUAAGUCUCGGUAUUCUCAUCAAGCCGGUCCCGUUCUUCUUGCGUGGGCAGCCGAUUCCAAAGCGAAUGUUACCAGGGGAGGAAAUGGUUCCUUACUACACAGAUGCUCAAAACCGGGGUUACUUGGCAGACCCAGAGAAAAUCCAUCAGGCACGGAUAGCCCUGGCACAGAAGUAUGGAUAUGUUUUGCCAGACAUUUCAAAGGAUGAACUGUAUCAUAUGCUCUCCAUGAGGAAGGACAUCCGACAGAUCUUCUUUGGCCUCUCUCCAGGCUGGGUUGUUAACAUGUCAGAGAAGAAGAUCUUGAAACCAACUGAUGAGAAGCUGCUUAAAUAUUACAGUUCGUAAGUGUUAGAUGUUAAAUAAAUGUUUGUGCAUUAA